GACAGGCCACGUGCGUGGUAGUGGGGGGACAGGCCACGUGCGUGGUAGAGGGGGGACAGGCCACGUGCGUGGUAGAGGGGGGACAGGCCACGUGCGUGGUAGAGGGGGGACAGGCCACGUGCGUGACAAGCGGACGGAUCGGAGACAGCGCGGCGUGGUGCAUCGAUGCCAAGUCGUCUCGCUGAAAAUUUUCCCGGCCAUCAAACAAAGAAUCCUGCAACACUUACGAAUUGUCACCGACACCACCACCAUCACCUAUAACAAUGAAGCGGAUCGUGAAACCGAUCCAGACCUGGAUCAGCAUCGCCCCACGCACACUGCAGGGCACAGCGCCGUGCCCUGGCUGGCACCGGCCGUCACUAAACAAUUUAGACCCCCGCAGAAGUUUUCCAGACGGUCCGUCCAUCAUUCCCCUGGCGGCGGGGUCCAUUGAAAGCGCAGGCAGUGGCACGUCGUUUCAGAGGCCGUGCCAAGAACGAUCUCGGGCCAGCCUGCGGUGUCGGGGUCAGGCAGCCCGGCAAAGGAGCGGGGCACGACCCGGAACAUCGGGGCACGGCGGCCUCGCCGGGCUGAGGCGGUCCUCGCCUCCGCGAGACUUCUCGUCCUGGAUUUGGUCUCCGCGCGCCGGCCGUCCUGUGCCCCCCAUCGAGAGUGAAAUGACGCGGGCGUGGUCGGCGACCGCGCCUCGAGCCAGGCGGGCGUCUGGAGCCGGGGCGGCCGAGGGUGCGGGAGGGGACGAUGGCGACGGUCGUGGCGGCUGUGGCGGCGGGGGCGAAGGCGUGGGAGGGCGCGGGAGAGGGGAGACGGCGCUGGGCUGCGUCCGCUCGUGGAGCAGACGAUUCCGAGCGGCGGGAAUCUCCGAGCCGUGGGAGUCGGCCGCCUACAUUGUCGCGCACGUGCUUGGGGCUAAGACGAUCGCGAGCCUGGGCAGGGCCGUGCUGACUCGGCCGAUCACCGCGGAGGCGCAAGCGAAGGUCCGGGAGCUCUGCUGUCGACGUCUCAUGAGCAUGCCUGUGCAGUACGUGAUCGGCCAGUGGGACUUCAUGGAUCUCACCCUCAAGAUGAGGCCGCCAGUCCUCAUCCCAAGGCCGGAGACAGAGGAGCUGGUGAGUGCCGUGCUGGGCUCAUCGCUGGUGGCCGCCGGAGAGCAGGGAGGGCCCUACCGGGUUCUGGACAUCGGCUGUGGGAGUGGAGCCAUCUCCCUCGCGAUCCUGAGCGCCUCUCCCUUGGCGAGCUGCGUCGCCGUCGACAAGAGUGCGGACGCCGUGGCCCUCGCUCGAGAAAACGCCGAAGACUUGAGUCUCCAAGACAGAUGCAGCGUCGUGCAGUUGGACAUCACCGCCGCUCACGCCACCGAGGCCGUGGGAGCGCUGGGCCCGUUCGACGUCCUCGUCAGCAAUCCCCCCUACGUGUUCACCGGCGACAUGGCCGCCCUGCAGCCCGAGAUACGCAGUUUCGAGGAUCCGGCUGCUUUGCACGGCGGUGAAGACGGAAUGGACUUAAUCAAAGUUGUCCUCACUCUGGCCGCGGAGGUCGUGAAGGAUAAUGGACUGGUGUGGCUGGAAACGGAGCCCAGGCACCCGGCCAUGAUCCGCAAGUGGCUGCAGCAGCAGCAGCUUGCGCUGGAGUUUGUCGAGACGCGCCGCGACUUCCUCGGACACUCACUGGUCGUCACGGGUCGGUGAAGGACUGGAGGAGUGUAGCCGUGGGGAACAUAGAAGUGCGGCCAAGGUUCUGCGUACUGCGGAGGAAAGCGCGGGCGGGCGGGCGGCUGUCGGGGGCGACGCACGUCUGACGAACGGUUCCGCAGGGGGGCCCCGGCGGGGACAGAUUCUCCACCGACGCAGAGCGGCCGAGCGAGCGGGCGGGGAGUUGCAGGAAGCGAGAGGGAAGCGUCCUCGCAUCUCGGGAGAAGGGCCGGCACCCCCUCCCCGCCCCUCCGCACCCCACCUCAAAGCCUGAGCCGAGAGAACAAAUAUUUAAACAGCUCGGCAGGAGAAAUAAACGAGUACACAUCAUCUCGCCGUGGGCGACCGAACGCCGCUGUGCUCGAGCGGAGCACAUCACGCGCGGGUGACGACGACGCCGCCGCCCGUCGCCUGCCGGGAGAGACGCCGCGCCGCUGGCCACGACGGCCAACAUCUCGCGGUUGGGACUCCCGCCGAGAGGAGAAGAUUCCUUCCCCCGCCCGAUAAACGUCCUGCACGCGCUCCUCGACGCGAUACAAGGGCCAUUCUGCGCCGACGCCGUGGGGCGGAGGAGGCCUGAAGCGUGUUCCAGCCCGACAGAUUUUGUCCCCCCCCCCCCCCACCGUUUACUGGGAACGUUUAAAACAUUUAUAAUUGAAGGAGAAUAGCAGGGGCGUUCUCAUAAACAAUUUUACAUCUUCACAGUGCACGCGCGCCAAAAUUAGUGCCAAGUGUGUAACGUCUAAUAUUUUAAAAUGAAUCCUUCUUCCAGAUGACAAGGCAUUAUUCCAGGAACUUUAAGCCACUGCAAUUCAAUAAAUUAAAAAUGUAAAAAAAAAACAGAUAUUGCAUUCAUUGCGUGCUUCAAGCCCUCUGCCAGUUUUCAUUCUGGCAGUUUGGCAACGAAUUCUGUUUGGCUUUUACGAGCUCGUGAAACGAGUCGGUGGAGCGGAGGGGUAAGCGACGGCGGCCCCGCUGCAGAAUCCUUCCCACCCACACCCCCCACGCCCCACACGCCCCCCCCCGCAACCUCCAGGCUUUCCGAGAAAGCGACCAUAAAACUGGCGUCUGAUGCCGUUCCUGGAAAAUCGCAGUAGGGCGCUGUCCGUGGUAGGCCUGUGACUUGCAGUUGGUGCUUAGUGCGUGCACGCGUGUGUGCGUGCGAUUGUGGGUGCGUGUGAGUAGGUGUGUGCGUGUGCGCUUGCUUGUGUGUACCAAGUGUGCGUGUCCGAGCGUGCUCUUGUGUCCGUGCGUGUGACCGAGCGUGUUUCUGCGGGGUUUGCGUUCGUGCGGGUGUCCGUGCGAGUGUGCGUGUCUUUGAGCGUGCGCUUGUGUGUCGUGAGUUUGUGCGCGUGCGUGUGUUUGUGCGCGUGCGUGUGUUUGUGCAAGUGUGGGCGACGACAUUUCUUGCGUGUUGUGUCUACGCGCGUGCGUGCUUGUGUUGGCACAUGCGUCCGCACGCGCGCGCGCGCGCAGCAUAUGCUCGUGCGUCUUCGCGCACAUGUGCGCCCGCGCGUACAGGCGCACGGGCGCUCGGCCGCCCGUAUGUGCGUGAGACCGCGUCUGCGCGGGGCGGGCGGCUGAGACUCUGCGGGUUGGGUUGAAGCCAGGCCUGCAGUCUGAUACCCCUGGCGACUGCCACAACCCUCCCAGGAUUACAAACAAGCAUUUUUUUUUUCACCUACCCAAAUGCAUUCUGCGCCGUAAUUUACGGUAAUAUCCCAUCCCGAGACAACACGGGGUGGCGGGAGGGGGGGCGUGCAGGAACCGCCCGACCUCCCAGAAGAUUUUUGCUCACCGUAAAAUACCUGCACGUCACGGCCACGUGGCUCUCGCUGCCGAGCCCACGUCUCCCACCCCGCGGAGCGGCACGUUUCUGCUGGAGUCCCAAAUCCUAAAGGGCCUGCGAUCAGGACCCCGCGGCGUUCUAGCGCCGCCGCCACCUCCGCGAUCGAUGUGUCUCUGUGCCUGGAAAGCCGAGCCCCACCCCCGUCCACCCCUGCCCGCCGUGUGCGUCACCGGCCAGAAGCCCCCCGCGCGGCCCGGCCGAGACAAGAUUUGGAAGCGGCCCGUGCACCCUGUGCCAAACAAUAUGGCCGUUUUUGUCGGUUUUUAAGUGAAACCGAAAAUGAUCGUUAAAAGUAACAAUAAUCACAGUGGUUGGUGCCGUCGCGCGUUGUGGAGUUGAACACAUUGCGAGCCGAGCGAAUGGAAUUUUUUUUUUUUAAGAAAGCGUUCGAGGCCUAGAAAGAAGAAAAAAACACCCCGCUAAACUUGUGGUUUAACCACAUGGCGGUUGGGUCUGUGGCGCCAUGAACGUGCCCUUUUUUUCUAGCGUGCUGGCGAGCGCGUUCGGUCUGGCCCUGGCUCUCAGAGAGCUAGUCCCACAGUAACACUCAAUGCGGCGACGCCAUUCGGUGCAGGGAUUCCAACGGCAGUGCGUCAAAGUGUCUCCGGAUGCUCAAUUAUGAAACGUUGUCUUUGGGGUCACGUCGAACUACGGACUCGUGGUGUGCAUGAGACCUGUGGUCGUCUCGCUCAAGUGGAAACUUACUGCGGCACACAUUCGAGAGGAGGGAAACUGACAAAAAUAAAUGGUAGGCGAUUAAAACUUUGAAAAACAGAAACGGACUUGAAACUUAAAAGAAAACAAUGGAUUUCUCUUUGGCAAACUCGUCGUUCAUCGGUGGGUUCCCAUAGAUUUGUGGAAUUUCCACAACUGGUGCAGAGCUACAAUCACGGCAUUUCAAGUUGGCUUAGUUUUUUCUGCUCGGGAAAGUGCUGUUUGAGUCGGAGAGGAUUUGGUAAAUCAAUAGGGUUAAUACUUUUCUUUUUUUAAAUACAGUAUACAUUAAAAAAUUGUAUCCCAACAAAAUCCUAGACAUGUAUUUAAUAAAUUAUAACAAUAAAAUUAUAGAUUACUCUCAACCCAAUAGAUGAAGGCUUUGCCAUGGCCUUUUCAGUGCUGGGGUUUUAUUUUUUAUCAUACUUCACGCUGGUGCGUGCGGGUUGGUGAAUGCAGGGAGAGGAGGGCAGGGCUGGUUCCGAUAUCACUCGCCACUGCUGUUGGCCAAGGCUCGAAUUGAACUUGAGGGGUCACCGGUGUGAUAGCGCAGCGCGCUAACCGCUGCGCGGCCGCUCCACCCCACUCGAGGCGAGGGCAUGCGUCAGCGCUUCUUUAAUGAUUAUUAUUUUGUUCUCAAAGUGCCUCCAGGACACGGCGAUGAUGAGAAGAAAAUAGAAGUAAUUAUUUUUUUAAUGCGUAUGUGGAAUAAUUCUUCAUACUUGUAAUUGAAAAGCCAAUGCAUAAUAAUAAUGUCCCUAGGAAGCAAAGCGAUAAUAAUACCCCGCAUUUCAACCUACGGUGCUGCGCAAUUAGUAAACAGUGACCGAUUACUUUGUUGCGAAUCUUAACGUUCGCGUCGCCGACCGUUGACGUAGCAGAGGGCCUGUCGCAAUCCUAGCGCUCGCCCUUUAAGCCGCUCGGGAUGGAUUGUGGAGAAACCCAUGAGACCUGACGGUGGAAUUUAAAUGUCUAUCUGGUGCGAGGGAGCGAUGCGCCGUUGCUCGUGGCACAGACCGCUCACAACCGCCACGCAAUAAACACUCCCGAGCUUAAUAAAAAUGGUUUUGCGUGACAGCAUAAUUGCGCGGGGUAUUAUUAUUUUUUCUUAAAAGACAAUUCCAAAAAUAACUCUUCCGAAAUUACUCCCAAGUUAUUGGAAGAGCCACGAGCAGAUUUAAUGCGGCACUAGACAAAACAGCCCGUGUAAUCCUUGAUGGGAUUUGUGCCAAGUUUUUCAUGAAAUUAUUUAUUUCGUCACACGUGCGGUGUAUGCAACGCGCGCGCAUCACCGAGUCCGAUCCGUUCCAUUAUUUAUGGAUGGGAGGUCGGGGGACAACGUCGAGGCAGCCGUUGUGGCUUUCCGAGGGGAAAGAAUUGCGAAGAAUGCACGGCGCACGGGAAAUGUGUUUUCUGCAGAAAAGGCACAAACAAAGAAUGGAAACGACCAUAAAUCACGAUAAUGAAUAAUAACUAGAGCGGUGCAAAUAUUAACCCGGCGGCAGAAAACGAUUUGAUUUUCUUACCAAAAUAAGUUGACGCGCGCGUGCGGAGACGGCGACAGAGCACGCGCGAAAUAUAAAAAAUAAAAAGUAAAAUGACGAGUCGGAAGCUUGCGGGAUUUCCUCUGCGAGAGGAAGAUAUAAAAUCUGGUCAUGUUGGCCGAGGGCCUUGGCGAGGAGGGGAAUGGGGUUGCACGCGAUGCUUCACCUUGAGCCUGCACUCACCGCGUCGUUUGAGAGGGUAAAAGGCGCAGGCCCUGCAACAGUGUGCGUUGUUCACGCCGCUGCUGGUCGAAGGGCCUCCGCUUGAGGAAGGCUCUAGAGAGAGAGAGAGAAAAGCCCCCUUCUCGAAUGGUUAUUUGGUCUGCUCUUCCACACCGGCCGGACGUCUUGAAAGAGGUGCAAGUUGCCACACUUUACCCUCCCCCCCCCCCCCCCCACGGCAUGCCACCUGCUGUCCGACUAACCCGUUUCUACGGCUGGGUGGACAUGUGGGGCCAGGAGGUUUAAAGAAACUUGCCGCGCCGGGGAAGCGAAUCAAACCGUCGCCCUCUGGAUCGCCGGCGCGGGUGUGCUCACCGUUACGGCGCGACAGCAGCGUCUCGUUACGCUCCAGCAGCUGCUGAUGAACAAAACAAAAUAAUCUACUCGUGUGACUAUACUUCACCUCCCAUACACUGGCUCCCUAACCAAAAUCUCCCCGUGCCCACUGUCUCGGUAACGUAAUGAGUGUUGGGCUAAUGCAAUCCCAUCCCUUCUCUCGAGCGUUAUUAAAACACUCUCCCUCUGAAUUAUAUUCUUCACGAAGAGAAGCGAGAGCGCAUGAACUGUCAAGAUCAUUUUCUCUCUCUGCGACAGUAAAAACGAAAACAUUUGAUUUCA